UCCGGCGGGCCGAAACUAGGAAGAAACUUGGAGCCGCCGAGGCGUCCGGCCCCGUGUGUCUGCUGCUCCCGUGCCCCGUGGCCCGGGCCGCACCGAGCUGUCGGGAGCCCAGGCCAUGGGGCAGCCCGGGCCGUCCGCAGUGUGAAACGUGGGGCCUCCCGCGGGCUCCUCGGACGGGCUACGGGUGGGCAGGCGGGAGGCGUCGUUCCAGCUGCGGUCCUGGCCGCCGCCGCCCUCCCGGGCUCCCGGCAUCAUGAACAUAGACGUGGAGUUCCACAUCCGGCACAACUACCCCUGGAGCAAGCUGCCGGCCAACGUGAGGCAGAGUCUUGGAAAUUCACAGAGAGAAUAUGAGAAGCAGGUUGUCCUGUACAGUAUCCGCAAUCAGUUACGAUACAGAAAUAACUUAGUUAAACAUGUCAAGAAAGAUGAACGCAAGUACUAUGAGGAGCUGUUAAAGUAUAGCCGGGAGCACCUCAUGCUGUACCCUUACCACUUAUCAGACAUCAUGGUGAAGGGCCUGAGGAUAACGCCGUUUUUAUAUUAUACCGGGAUUAUGGAGGACAUUAUGAACAGUGAGAAAAGUUAUGAUUCAUUGCCCAAUUUCACUGCUGCUGACUGUCUAAGGCUUCUUGGCAUAGGAAGGAACCAGUACAUCGAUCUGAUGAAUCAGUGUAGAUCAUCAAAAAAAUUUUUCAGACGGAAAACGGCCCGUGAUCUUCUACCCGUAAAGCCGGUGGAAAUUGCCAUAGAGGCAUGGUGGGUGGUGCAGGCUGCAUAUAUCACAGAAGAUGACAUAAAGAUAUGCACUUUGCCCGAGAAAUGCGCUAUUGAUAAGAUCAUUGAUGCAGGCCCUCAGCUCUCUGGAUCACUAGAUUACAAUGUAGUACAUAGUUUAUAUAACAAAGGAUUUAUUUAUCUGGAUGUACCAAUAUCUGAUGACAGUUGUAUAGCAGUUCCUCCUCUUGAAGGUUUUGUAAUGAAUCGAGUGCAAGGUGAUUAUUUUGAAACUCUACUCUAUAAGAUAUUUGUUUCAAUAGAUGAGCACACUAAUGUUGCAGAGCUUGCAAAUGUUCUUGAGAUAGACCUAUCCCUGGUUAAGAAUGCUGUGUCAAUGUACUGCCGAUUGGGGUUUGCCCAUAAGAAGGGACAAGUAAUAAAUUUGGAUCAACUUCAUUCAUCGUGGAAGAAUGUUCCAUCCGUAAACAAAUUAAAGAGUACUUUAGAGCCACAAAAGAUGCUCCUAUCAUGGGAUGGCGGGGAAAGUAGGAGUCCUGUACAAGAAGCUUCAUCGGCUACUGACACUGAUACAAAUAGUCAAGAAGAUCCAGACACAGCCAGUAUAAGCAGUUUGAGUUUGUCUACAGGAUAUACAAAGCGUAUUGCAUUCCUGUUUGACUCAACUCUUACUGCCUUUUUAAUGAUGGGAAACCUUUCACCAAACUUGAAAAGCCAUGCAGUCACAAUGUUCGAAGUUGGCAAACUCUCAGAUGAGUCUCUGGACAGCUUUCUUAUAGAACUAGAAAAGGUUCAGAGCACUGGUGAAGGAGAAGCACAGAGAUACUUUGAUCAUGCACUCACUCUGAGAAACACAAUAUUGUUUCUGCGUCAUAAUAAAGAUCUAGUUGCACAAACGGCACAGCCAGACCAACCCAAUUAUGGUUUUCCUCUGGAUCUCUUGCGCUGUGAAAGCCUUCUUGGGUUGGACCCUGCAACUUGCAGCAGAGUUCUAAACAAAAAUUACACACUGCUUGUUUCCAUGGCUCCUCUCACCAAUGAAAUCCGGCCUGUCAGCAGCUGCACCCCUCAGCAUAUUGGACCAGCUAUCCCAGAAGUCAGUUCUGUCUGGUUUAAACUGUACAUUUACCAUAUCACCAGACAAGGACCACCAUCUCUUUUGCUGUCCAAAGGUACAAGACUUCGAAAACUGCCAGAUAUAUUCCAGGGUUAUGAUCGAUUACUAAUAACUUCUUGGGGUCAUGAUCCUGGGGUUGUUCCUACAUCAAAUGUGCUCACGAUGUUGAACGACGCCCUGACACAUUCGGCGGUUUUGAUUCAGGGACAUGGUUUGCAUGGGAUAGGAGAAACUGUCCACAUACCUUUCCCAUUUGAUGAGACAGAACUACGAGGAGAGUUUACGCGUGUCAAUAUGGGUGUUCAUAAAGCAUUGCAGAUGUUAAGGAACAAAGUGGACCUGCAGCAUUUUUGUGGAUAUGUCACCAUGUUGAAUGCUUCUAGCCAGCUUGCAAACAGAAAACUCAGUGAUGCUUCUGAUGAGAGAGGAGAACCUGAUUUGGCUUCUGGCUCAGAUGUAAAUGGGAGUACAGAGUCAUUUGAAAUGGUCAUUGAGGAAGCAACUAUAGAUUCAGCCACAAAGCAAAACUCUGUUGCCACAACAGAAGCAGAUUGGGUUCCUCUCGAGCUGUGCUUUGGAAUUCCACUGUUUAGUUCUGAAUUAAACCAGAAAGUAUGCAGAAAAAUUGCUACACAUGGCCUUUGCAGAAAGGAGAGCCUUCAGAACCUUUUACAUUCCAGUAGAAAACUGUCUCUACAAGUCCUUAACUUUGUUCACUCAUUCCAGGAAGGUGCUUCAACACUGGAUAUUCACACUGAGGCCAGUUUUCCAAGUUUGCUUUCACAGUCAUCCUGUGCUGACAUGGGAGUCCCACUUCCUGCAAAGAACUUAAUAUUUAAAGAUGGCAUCUUAACAGAGUGGAGUGGACGUUCACCUUCCUCACUUCUUAUUGCUAAUCUCCAUUUGCAAUAAUUCGGUUACAUCAUUUGUUGCUCACACUUUCUGCCCUUUUUCUUUCUUAACAUUAGCUUUAUAUUGCCAGCCACUAAAAAGCAUCCUGCUGCUGAAGUGCAGUUCAUGCUUAACUGAUGUUGAAGUUUGGGGAACAUGUUCAUGUUUUCUGAAGUUUUCCUCAUUAUUGCACCUCCUAAUGCAACGAAGAGCUUUUUAGCAGUCUGCACUGUAUUUUUUACCUUGAGACAAUCUGCGUUUCUUUUAUAAAACUGAGGAUAUACUUUAUAGGCUUUAUGAUGACUGUUAUGUUUGUAAGCAGUCACUAUGAAUAUUGCAGUGGUAAUUUUAUAUGUUAGUUUAUCAAACAUAAAUCUUGUUUAAUUUUAUAUUUUGUUACCUACUCUUUAGGGAAUCGUGGGAAGAGGUAGAACUCUUCCUCUGAAAAGGCUUCUUGGUAUUUAAAGUAGCAAAACUAUAAAACGAUACACAUCCAUUAUUGAGAGAUGAUCUGAUGGGGCAUUAAGAAUUGCUGUGGAUGUUUGUAAAUUAUGUAUAUCGGUUGAACAUUGUUGAAGGUAUGUAAAUCAGCAUAGUUAUGUAUGGCUUAACCUUGAUUUAGAAGGUCUUAACUCAGACUAUGACUAUACAUUGACAUCUCCUAAGAAGCUUUGGAAAACAUUCUAUUUUUAAACAACAUUUAUAUGUGGACUUCAGUUGUCGCUCAUUUUGGGCUUUAUAUUUUCAUAGAGUCUUUAUGGAAAAAUGGAAUUUAUUUUCCACUCUUGUAGCUGUGGCUGCUGCACAUUUUCUCCCUGAUUUAUUUUUUGUUUAGUAGCUCUACCCAUGAAUGUUAUGGAAUUGGAUUUGAUGUUUUCAAACCAAGGAUUUUGAUGUCAGCUUAGAAUUACAUAUAAGAGGCAUUAAGGCUAUGUCUUCUGAUCAGAACACUUUAGUGAUAAACCUACUGUGAGGAAUCCGGAUCUUAAGUUUAUGUGACUAGUUUUAGAGGAAAUGAUAAAAGAAAAAUUGAGUAAUUUCAAAAUGUUUCUUGAGUCAUUGAUUCUUUUAGUAUCUCAAAUGUUGAAUAGAAUAAUUGGAAUCACUUUUUAGAUUUUUCAAGUUACCUUCCUUGGGAAGUUUGUGCAGUGUUAUAUAGUUUAGUUUAGCUCUUCUCAUAGGAUAAUGGUUUGCUAGUUUAAAACUAACCAAACUAACUGAUCAAACAACAUAUAUCUAAACUAUUUAAAGCAUUAGAAAAUUUGGGAAGGUUAAACCUAAACGUUUUUGCUGAUCAUUUUUGUUACUUGUAGACCUGACAUUUGUUUAUUUCACAUACUUCUGGAAGUACGUGUCUUUCUUCAAACUGUUAGCCAUCAUUCAGUACUGUCGCCUCCCAAUUGAACGUUUGGGAGCAGGUUACCUGUGGCACAGUCAGUGCUGUGUUUGGGUAAAUGCAGUAAUGUUUAGUAUUCUACUUUGUCUUAAUAUGAGGUAGAAGCCAAGUGUAUGUUAUAAAUGUUUGUGUAUAAAAGGAAAAAUACUAAUAUUAAAAUAAUUUCUUAUAACUGUGAAUCACUCAUUUAUUUUUCCAAUAAUUGAUAUUGUACAUUCCUAGUGCUGUUAGGUAUGUAUGUAACUUUUACAGUUUUUAAACUGAAAGUUGUAAGUAUUUCAUUUGAUCAGGGCUCUUUAAUCUCAUUUUCAUUUGCUUUGUUCAGAUUAACUGUAGUUAUUUUAUUUAUUUCUGUUAUUAACAAGCUUAGCCUACGGUAAUGACAUGUACACUAAUAAAGCAUUGAAUGUUUGUAGUUGUUGGUAGUGAACCCAGUUGUUGGUGAAUUUAAAACUUAAACUAUGGGAGUGAUUUGCUGCUAUAUUUCCUUUGAGAGGUAACAGAGGAGGAAAUAGAACCUAAUAAACGAUCAUGAAUUUUAGGGAAAGUACUGAAAAAACAUGUAGUCAACUCCGGUUUCUCAUGUGAAUGAGGAAAGAUUCUGAUUCCCAGCUGAAGACCUCUCAUACUUCUAAGGAUGGAGAAUCUGCAUUUUUAAAGCUGUUAUUAGCAAAAUGUGAAAGCCACUUUUAUGCUUUACUUUGUGAAUUUGGCUUUGUUUCAUUCAUACAUUAACUCAUGUAAAGAUGCAUCUCUUAAAUCUUAUGUGUUGAUCCUAUUCAACAAAAAGGUAAUAAAUACAGAAUUUAUUAUUUGCCAAAGAAAAUUUGUGAAAGAAUUUUUUUCCAGUUUUUCUGCAAAUGUUUAAAGUAAUUUCAUUUGGCUUUGUGCUGCCUCCCCUCUUUUCUGCCCUUAAAGUAGCUUAAACCAUUGGCAAACUUCAGAAACCAAGAGAAAAAAAGAAAUAUAAAAAAGGACAUAGAGUUUAGUAUGGUACAAUUUCACCUGUCACAUAGGUCUAAAGAAAUGUAACUUUAUGUUGUUAAAAAAAUAUAUGAUCGUCUGAUUUUCUUGAUUCCUUUUUUUCUCUUAAAGUGUGUAAUCAGAUAUUUUAUUUGUUUUUUGGGGGAGAAUAUUGGUUUCUUUUAGUUUCCAGUUUUCUUUGCCAUUUGUGUUUCUCUUUUAUGUUCAGUGUUUCAAAUAUGGUUUGUAUUUAAAGAUUUUAAAAUACCAAAACUGUAACUGAGCACCGUGGAUUUUUUUUCUGGUAUGCUGUUAAUAUUAUACAGUGAAAUGUAUAAAGUGUUGUCAAUUUGAUUAUUGACACAUAUAAUAUGUUUACAAAUAAACUGUGGUGUUGGUCAAGUUGCCGUGAAAAUGUGUAUAAUCUUCUGUAAGCCCCUUCCUUAAUUUUAUUUUUUUUUAAUUUUUAUUUUUUUUUUAUUAAUUUUAUUUAUUUAUUUAUGGCUGUGUUGGGUCUUCAUUUCUGUGCGAGGGCUUCCUCUAGUUG